AUGACAGAAGCGGAACGAAAGAGCUUUUUCAACUAUACAAGCGCUCGUGGUCCUGGUAAACGUCAAAUAAAGCCAACAGCUGCUGUGCUCGAUUUGGUUCUGCCCAACGCUGAAGAUGAGGAAGAUGAUGAGGAUUUCGUUGCCGACAAUGAAAACGAAUCAAAUGAGGGUUCUGAAGGCAGUGAAUCAGAUGGAUCAGAAGAUAGUUCAAGCAGUAGUAGUUCGGAAUUAGACGAUGAAGAUGAAGAAGCAGUCGAUUUGGAGAAAAAUACUGAAGGAUCUUUGUCGGUUGAAGGAAUGGUUGAUGGUGGAAAAGAGCAGCCAAGGCUAUGUGCGCUUUGUUUCAAUCUCUCACAAAUCGCAAAGUCGGAAGAAGUUAUGCAGUGCGAUAAAUGUGGUCUUACUGUACACGACUCAUGUUAUAUGUCAUUGGAUGUCAGUGAGGACAAUGAAAGCUCACAAUCUAGCUCUUCCACGGAGCCAUGGUUCUGCGAACCAUGUAUUUUUGGAUUUGAUGAACCACCCUACUGUGAAUUGUGUCCUUCCAGAUACGGAGCUAUGAAGAGAUCUGACGUCGGCGGCCGCUGGGUCCACCUCGUCUGUGCACUGUACACACGUGGCGUCACAUUUGGUGACAUAGAUCAUUUGACGGCGAUCAGCUGGCAAGAAAUGGAUCACCGAAAUUUUGGCAGAAAAAGCUGCAGCGGUUGCACUGAUGUCCUAGAAGCACGAUCCGGUGUGACAACGCGUUGUGAGCUGGGAUUAUGCAAACAACAUUACCAUGUAACUUGCGCACAAAGACUAGGUCUAUUGGUGGAUCACAGCGAGAGCUCUGAACACCAUGCAGGCUCAACACAUUCACCACGAUUGGGAGAUCAUCAAGGCGUUGAGCCUCGCUAUAUCAAUUGCAAACAACAUUCAAACCCUGACGAUGUGCGGGUAAAGAAACUGGCAGCUGCUAUUUUCAUAGCUCAAGAGGAAAAACGGCUUUCGACAGUCAGAAGAAAAGUCCUAUCCGAGAGGGAAGAGCGCAAGCGACUAAGAGCGAGAGAAAAGUACGAGAAACAGUUCCAAUCGCUUGUUGGAGUCACAAUAUGCUUGCCGGAAGCGUUUCACGACAAGUUCGAAAAGAAAACUCGGCGUGCGCGUCACCUGACUACAUCACCAGAAUUCUUCGAAUGGUUUCAAGAAAAGGCUGAAAUAGGCGGUAUUGAGCCGGAGCAUUUUAAACAGGAAUUCACAAGAGUAUCUGGGGACAGUAUUCCAUUUCUAACACCUGGAUUUUCUCCACAGUUUUUCGAGUACUUAGCUCAUCGCGACCAAGUUGUGUUGUCUGCGGAAGAACAGAGAUUGAAAGUUAUCAACGAGUCUAAAAUUGCUCUUAAAAAACAGCUUGAUGCACACAUGACAAGACUAAAACUGAAUGAACAGUCGGGACAAAUGGGGAAGGAACGCAGUGAGCGUAGAAAACAGUUAGCAUUCGCAUUUCAUGGCGCGCUUGUGAAGCUUGGUGCUAGGAAAAUAACAUCACUUGUAUCGCUGCUCGACGGUGGUUUGGAAAAUAACACUAGUGACAAGAAGAGAAAUACCCAUGUGAAAGACGUCUCUGUAGUCUCUGUGACGGGACCUGCAAAGCUGAAAAAAGAGAUGUCAAUCAAUGUGUGCAAAGAGUGCAGAAAGAGUAAUGAUCAGCAUUUGAUUAUUGGAUGUGACUCGUGUCAUGAAUUCUAUCACAUCGGCUGUCUCGAUCCUCCUCUUGAGAAAGUGCCCAAAAAGGUCAAUUGCGAAUGGCAUUGUGCAGAAUGCUGUGAACAUACUGAUGAAGAGGAAGAACACGAAGAGAACGGUGAAAGCUCGAACGACGGGCAUGCGACUAGGAGAUUAAGACAGCGGAACGAAUCUGCACGAGCGCGACGUCUCGCCGCAGCCGAGGAGGAGAAUCGGGCGUACCGAGCGGCGAUUUCCGGAGGAACACGUAGUAAUUCGCAGAAAAAGAGUCCUGAUAAAAAAGCGGCGCCUAAACGCACCUCACUUGAGUACCAUAGUCGUUCUCCUCUUAGCGCCAAGCGUCAGCGAACUGAGAUUGCAAAUGGACAGAAAAUCAACGGCAUCUCAUCGUCUUCUCACACAUCAUAUCUACCUGACGAUGAGGAACUCGGAGAGGAUUGCUUUGUUAUUUUGGACGACGACGAAGUUGAACUUUGA